AUGGACUGGCGCUUGUUGGCGCUGGGGAGGAUGAGACGGAGCCGCAGCUGCCUGGUAGCGCUCACCGCUCCUGUGGCCUUGCUAUGGCACCUUUGGAUGCCUGAGGGCUCGCCGCUGGCCUUUUUCUUUGAGUCGAAGGAGGACCCAGUAGAGCGCACCAAGAGACUUCUCAAAGAGACGGACGCGGUCUUCUUCGAUGUGGAUAGUACUGUGGUGACCACCGAGGGUAUUGACCUCAUUGGAAAAUGCUUUGGAAUCAUGAAAGAGAUCUCUGAGCUCACACACAAAGCUAUGAAUGGAAAUGUCAAGUUUCAGGACGCCAUGGCAGAGCGAUUACAGCUGAUGGCGGACCAUGGCAUGACCAAAGAGAAGUUGGAAAAAUGUGUGAAGACUGAAGGUGUUCCCAAGUGGUCGCCUGGAAUCAAAGAGGUCGUGCAGAUGCUUCACAAGCAAGGGACUGAUGUUUAUCUAGUGUCCGGGGGAUUCCAGAAUAUGAUCAAGCCCAUUGCGUUGGAGUUGCACAUCCCACAGAAGAUGAUCUAUGCGAACGAGAUCCUUUUUGACGAGCAGGGCAACUACGCCGGCUUCGAUCGAAAAGCUCCGACGAGCGCGUCUGGAGGAAAGCCAAAGGUCCUGAGGCUGAUGAAGCGAAGGAAAGGUUACAAGAAAAUGAUCAUGAUCGGGGAUGGCGCAACCGAUUUGGAUGCCCGCUUGGAGGGACCUGCCAAAGCAUUCAUUGGCUAUGGUGGUGUCUCGGUGCGUGAGAAGGUCAAGAAGAAUGCAGAUUGGUUCAUCACCAGCUUUCAAGAAGUGCUCGAUGUUCUGCCCAAAGGCACUGAUCUUUGA